AAAACAUUUUGCAUUCCGUAUCCGAUUAGUUGGUCAUAUAAUCUGGUCACACGGCGACCUAAAGAGCGCCAUAGAUUUGUGAAUUGGUGCAGUCGUUGUGUUUAAGCCACAAUUAUGUUGGAAACCAAUCACAAUGCUGACACGGAGAAAGAACCGAAGGUGCCUCCACCAACCACCGCGAUAUCCGGUCAGAUAAAGGCGAUUGGCAAGGAUACAGUGCACAAAAUAUGUUCGGGACAAGUGGUUCUUAGUUUGGCUGUGGCUGUCAAGGAGUUAGUGGAGAACUCAAUAGAUGCGGGCGCCACGCUGGUGGAGAUCAAGCUAAAGGAUCAGGGACUGCAGGGCGUGGAGGUCAGCGAUAAUGGCAGUGGCGUGGAGGAAAUGAAUCUGGAAGGCAUGACUGCCAAAUACCACACCUCAAAAAUCCGGGAAUUCGUGGACCUGAUGGGCGUGGAAACCUUUGGAUUCCGUGGAGAGGCUCUAAGUUCACUGUGUGCCUUGUCAGAUAUGGUUAUCCAAACCCGGCACAAGUCUACCGAUGUAGGGGUUAAGGUGGAACUGGACCAUGACGGUAGGAUCAAGAAGCGUUCUCCUUGUGCCCGUGGAGUUGGCACUACCGUCCUUCUGGCAAAUCUUUUUUCCACUCUGCCAGUUCGUAGGCGUGACUUUACCCGCAACAUCAAAAAGGAGUUCACCAAGAUGUGCCAGAUUCUGCAGGCCUAUUGUCUAGUCACCAAAGGUGUCCGCAUCCUUUGCAGCAAUCACACUCCGAAAGGGGCCAAAACUGUUGUGCUACAAACGCAUGGCGACCAGGAGGUCAUGGCCAACAUAUCAGCCAUAUUUGGAGCACGCCAGGCCGCGGAUCUGGUGCCUUUAAAGUCUCCAUUUGGCCAGGGCCAACUGACCGAGGCGGAAUUGCGGGCUGAUCUAGAAUAUGGUGCGGAUGUAGCCGAUACCACUUGUCCGCAAAUCAGCACCGAGGAUGUAGAGCGUCUUAAUCAGGCGGACUUCCAACUCGACGGAUUCAUUUCCAGUUGCCGACAUGGCGCUGGACGCUCAAGCAGAGAUCGCCAGUUCUUUUUUGUCAACUCGAGGCCCUGUGACCCUAAAAAUAUAGCCAAGGUGAUGAACGAGAUAUACCAUCGCUAUAACGUCCAACAGCAACCCUUUAUUUAUCUCAACAUCAUCACGGCCCGUUCUGAUGUGGAUGUGAAUCUCACGCCCGACAAACGCCAAUUGCUGAUAAACAACGAGCGAAUUCUUCUCCUGGCACUGAAAAAAUCGCUGCUGGACACCUUUGGCCACACUCCAGCUACAUUUCAAAUGCAAAACACCACCAUUGUGAGCAUGCUGGAACCCAAGACAAAUCCGGGUAAAACUAAAUUCCCUAAAGAAUCAAGUAAGGAGGACCAAAACGAAGAAGCAUCAGAAGAAGAUGUACCCACUACCUCUACGCAGAGGUUUAUGGAUGUGCUCACCCAGUGGCGACGCACUGGCGACACAAAAGGUACGGCACCAUCAGUUCCAGUAAAGCGCCGGUGCAGUGAAUCCGAAGAAUUGACUACUCGGACGUUGAAAAUGCAAAAGAUUCAUACAUUUCUCAGCCAAGAUUCACCCAAGGAGCAGAGUUCCAAAUGCGAGGCAGAAUCUGAAGCCGCGAGUGAUGUUGACAUGGCAAAAGAGGACAAGACGCAAGUCUCCCUGGAUAAUAGUUUCCUCAACCUGAAAGAGAUGGCUAAGGAGUCUGAGGCUUAUGAUAUUUUAACGAAACCGGAAAACGCACCUCGCAUUGAUUGCAAGGUUCUGACCCCAAUUAAAAGUCGUCGCAGUAUUUUCGAGUUUAAAACUGAUGCUAAGGCAUUGGACAAACAGGGAUCACCGGCAGAACUCAAUUCACAACCGCCUAGUUUCACUCAGCUGUCGGAAGAAACUGAUAUUGCUAGCGACGAAGAUGACCACAUUGAGCUGCCCACUCGGAUUGAGUUUGAUGAAGAGAUGGAGGAGGGUCUGCCAUCAAAUUUUUCAAGCGGAGGAUUAACUACUUCUCUAGAGGAGAUCGCAUCUUCUUUAAAGGCCCACGAGCAACAGCAGCGUGAUCGGAGGACUCGAACCAAGCUUCAGCGUCUGCGCUUCAAGACGGAAAUUAAUCCGAACCAGAACAACAGUGCAGAAGCAGAACUCCAGCGUGAGAUCGAUAAGGAGGAUUUCGCCCGCAUGGAAAUAAUAGGACAGUUUAAUCUGGGCUUUAUCAUAGUCAAGCUAGAGGAUGAUCUAUUCAUAGUAGAUCAGCAUGCCACUGAUGAAAAGUACAACUUUGAAACGCUGCAGCGCACAACUCAAUUGGAGUAUCAGCGCCUGGCAGUGCCGCAAAAUCUCGAACUAACUGCGGUUAACGAGAUGGUGCUAUUGAACCACAUUGAUGUGUUCGAGAAGAAUGGCUUCAAGUUUGAAGUAGACCACGAAGCUCCUGCCACGAAGAAAGUGCGUCUGUUGGGCAAGCCGCACAGCAAGCGAUGGGAAUUCGGCAAAGAGGACAUUGAUGAGCUUAUCUUUAUGCUGCAAGAUGCGCCCGAAGGCACCAUCUGUCGCCCAUCUAGGGUGCGAGCUAUGUUUGCCUCACGUGCUUGCCGAAAAUCGGUGAUGAUUGGCACAGCUCUUAGCAGGAACACAACGAUGAGAAGACUGAUCACACAGAUGGGAGAAAUUGAACAGCCAUGGUUUUCUAGAACUGUCCACAUGGUCGUCCUACGAUGCGUCACCUCAUAAACAUCACAAUGCUAAUUGAAAGUGACGAAAACGAUGAGCAAGAUCCUCCGACCUAACAGAAACGAGUAUGUGUAAAAAAUCGGUUGUUAAAUUAUUGUUGCAGUUUUAAUUUUAUUUAACUUUUCGUUUGAGCCACUAAGUAUACGUCAUUGUUCUGUAAAUGCUUACUUGAUUAACGAUUAAACGACAGGAUCAGACUUACAACUAAAGACAAAUACAAAGGUUAUCACUUGAGUAUGUCUAACAAACUA